UAUAAAUUCUAUUAUAUAUUCAUUAUAAAUUGUGCUUAAGCCCAUGUUUCUUGAAAUUUCUGUAUAAAAUGUUCUCAUUUUUAUAUGCAAUUAUAACAGUCAUCUGUCUCACAUUUCUGUGGAUAAGAUGGAGGAUUAAGAAACUAAAUGUAUUUAAAAGAUGCGGUAUUCCUGGUCCUGAACCCGAAUUUUUAACUGGAAAUUUGAAAGAAUUUAACUUAGAUCGAACGAAAUGUACUAAGGAAUGGUUUGAAAAAUAUGGAAAAAUAUUCGGAUUCUACUUAGGAGCCAAACCUUAUAUAAUGUGUUCUGAUAUCGAAUUCCUUAAAAUUAUGCAAAUUAAGGAGUUUAAAAAUUUUUGCGGUAGAGACCGAAUACUUCCAGAUAUGGGAAUAUCUCACGAAUCAGUAAAAUAUAUUAUAGCAUUGCAAAAAGGUAUUAAGUGGAAAAACCUAAGAAGUGUCAUGACUAAUUGCUUUACCUCUCAAAAAAUUAAAAUGAUGAGCACAGUGAUACAUGAUCCGAUUAUUGCUUUCAUGGAAAAAAUCAAAAAAGAAAAUGGCAAACCUCUCGAUAUUGCUCAGAGUUACAAAAGUCUAGUGUUUAAUAUAAUGGGAAAAUUAAUAUUCAGUGCUAAAUUAAAUGAAGAAAACGAAGAAUACAAUAAAAUUGUCCAGUGUUUAGAUUACUUACUUCAAAAUGAUAUUGUGAGAAUACCAUCAAUCAUAUCAUUGUACUUUCCUGAAAUGGAGCCACUUCCUACUUACUUUCGAUUGUUUAUGGACAUUGCCAGAAAUAUGUUAAACCUUCGUUCAGUUCGAUUGAUUUUGAACACUGUUAAGAAAAUAAUUGCUGCUCGAAAACGGUUGAUGAAUAAUCAAGAUAUUCUUCAAACUUUCCUGAAAGCUGAAGUAAGUUCGACAAAUCGCAACAGAAAAUUAACUAGCGAUUAUACUAUUGUUAAUAUUGUACUACUGUUGACAGCAGGGUAUGAAGCCAUUAAACUAGCAUUAGAGUGCUGCACGUAUCAUCUUGCAUAUAAUUCAAAAAUACAGGAAAAGAUUCGACUGGAAAUUAAUAAUCACAUCGAAAACAAUAAAGAUAUUCAAUACGAAGAUCUCAUAAAACUUCAGUAUCUGGACCAGGCUAUUUCAGAAACACUGCGAUUUUCAUCACAGUCUGUUAUAAAUAUUAGCAGAGUGGGUGAGCAUGAUUUCAAAUAUAAAGGAAUGACCAUACCAAAACACGUAGCAAUUUUUGUACCCGUGCCAAUUCUUCAUACAGACCCGAAUUAUUGGCAAGAACCAGACAAAUUUGAUCCUGAUAGAUUUUCACCUGAAAACAGAAUAAAUAUUAACCCAAUGACUUAUCAACCUUUUGGAGCGGGACCCAGAAAUUGUGUUGCGUACAGAUUAGCACGAACAGUCAUGAAAUUGAUCAUGGCUAAUCUGAUCCGAUCUUUCGUAUUUGAUGGUUGUGAAUGUGAGAGAUCUGUAGUGAAACACUCAAUAUUUUCAACUCGUAAGAAAGAUUCAAUUUUAAUCAAAGCAACUCCAAUAUCUUCCAAUUGAGUAUAAAAAAAUUAAUUUUUGUAGAAAAUUUUUCUUAAUUAUAUUCAUU